GCCAGAUAAACGUAUUCGAUUCGAGACUUAUUUCGUCAUAAUUUCGCGACUGCUCCUGCUGCCGUCCAGGAACUGAAUUUGACAGAAGAAGGAGAAACCAUGUCUGGAAGUUUUUAUUUUGUUAUGGUUGGUCAUCAUGACAACCCCGUGUUUGAGAUGGAAUUUCUUCCUGCGGGGAAACCAGAAUCAAAGGACGACCAUCGUCAUUUGAACCAGUUCAUAGCACAUGCAGCUCUAGAUUUGGUGGAUGAAAACAUGUGGCUGUCCAACAACAUGUACUUGAAAACUGUGGACAAGUUCAACGAGUGGUUUGUUUCUGCCUUUGUCACUGCAGGACAUAUAAGAUUCAUCAUGCUACAUGAUGUAAGACAAGAAGACGGAAUCAAAAACUUCUUCAAUGAUGUGUAUGAUUUGUACAUUAAGUUUGCAAUGAAUCCGUUCUAUGAAAUCAACACACCAAUCCGCUCGACAGCUUUUGAGAGGAAAGUCCAGUUUCUUGGAAAGAAACAUCUCCUGAGUUAAUUAUUUUUAAUAUGUCUAAAUCAUGCCCAUGUUGUACAUAUACAGUAUCAUACACUUCAUGUCUGUUUUGCCCAUGUUUGUCAAAUAUAGUACAAAUGAUUUUCUGAUCAAGUUUUUUCCCUCAGCACACUGCACCAUUUAAAGUUCAUUAUUUUAUUUAUCUCAUGCAAGUUCUCUCAUCAAUAUUUGCCUUAAAUGGCCCAAAAACUUUAAUUUACACACAAAAUUCUUGAUCAGUAAUACACAUGACAAAAUCCCAGUCCAAGAAGGCUUCAGUUAAUUUUAUUACCUUUAUUACAUUUUCCUUUAGGGUCAUUGGAUUGAAAAAAAAAAGGUUAUUUUUAGGCAACAAAUGCUUAAAGUGAGAACUCAUAAGGUAGUUUAAUUCAUGUUUAGUUUAGCAGAAGUACAUUUGAAAGUUUCAAUGAAAUCCAGUUGGUCAGAAGUAUUCCUAUUUCUUAAGUCAUUUAUGUUUGUUUUUGUUUUUUUAAUGAUGAGGUUUUAUUUUGAAAAAAAAAAAAAAAUAUCCAUAAUCCUGCAAGAAUCAUUAUUUAGAACAAUAUUUGAAAGAAUAAUUAUAACAAUUAUUUAAAAAAAAAACGUAAUCAUGACUUCUUUUACUUACACUUCUCUGAAGAAAACACUAAUCCUAAUUAAUGACUUGAGGUAAAAACAGCUCCAAAAUAAGUGUCCAGAAGAGUUUAUGAACACGUCAUGCAACUUUAAUUUAUCUUAACUUGUUUUUAGUCUUCUGUUAAGGGAUCUUGUCCCUCACUAUAUCAGCACAUAGCCAAUAAUCUAUUUACUAUGUAGAAUGUGCAAACAAGAUGUAAAGGUGCAAUACUUACAACAAACCUUAAUUUGUUAGUUACAAUAUAGUGCUUCAGCAACUUUAAAUUCUUCAGAAUGAAAGUUAUUUGUCACAAAUUACUUUAAAGUAGUAUUAAUUUCUAAAUAGAAAUGUUAAGAUUAUGAUGUUUUUGCACUGUCACAAUCUGGAAUGAAGUGUAAAGAUCCUGAGUGUACUGCUAAAGUACACUUUUCCACAUACAUAUGCAAGCAAGUCAUUAUUUAGUUUUGCAAAAAGAAUAGCACAUUAAGUCAACAGAAACUAUUACGUUCACUCCCCUAAUGAUUUUAAGCCUUCACACAGACUUAGUUCAGCUCAACAUAUCCUUUUAUAUAAUCUGUGGCAGUUUAGGCAAUUCAUUUCAUAUUUACUUCUACUUGACUUUAGGAUGUAAAGUAGUGCUUCAUCUCUGAAUUCAUCGAGCCAACGUGGUGUUAACAUAAUCAAACCUUUAACAGUAAAAGAAAUCGGUAAAAGAAAUCAAAAAAA